CUUCUAAUGCUUUUGUGGAAAGAUUUCUGUGGAACACACAUGGGGGAAUCGUUUUUCUCCAUUCAAAGCAAUUUCUAUACGGAUGAUAGUCGUCCGAGUGUCGAGGAAGUGUGCACGAGAACAGGCAGGAUAUGAAUUUCGCCCAGUCAAUCCUCCAAAAGUAUGGGUGGAGCGAGGGUCAGGGCCUAGGGAAGCACAAUUCGGGCAUUUCCAAGCCACUGAAAGCCAAUCUCAAGUUCGACACGAGUGGCCUGGGUCAUGAUGGUGCUGCGGAAUUCAAGAAUAACUGGUGGGAGAAUGCCUACAACAGUGCUUCGGCCAAUUUAGACGUCAAGUCCGACGGGGAGUCUGUUAAGAUGGAACUUAAGGAUGGGGAAUCCAUUAAAAUCUCCACGUGCGGCUAUGCAAGACCAAAUCAGAGUGAUGCCACCAAGUCUUCCACGUACGGCAACUUUGUCCGAUGUGCCACACUCACUGCCGAAGGGCGGGAAGAUCGCAUUGAGGAGGAAGAUGGUGAUACUUUCACGGAUUAUACGCCAUUGGCAAGACCCGCCCUCAAUGAUGAUGACCUCUUCCGUGCAUGUGGUGGACGAACAGCUCAUAAGGGUGCUCGGCAUGGGUUAACGCUAUCCGGAAAGCUUGCCCGUUUAGCUGAGCAAGAUAAUUUACUUCUGCAGAAAAUGGGCGAAGAUAAAAAGGCACCUGCGGAAGAUUUCACCGAUUGGCAAACAAAAGUUAGCAAGAGAAAGAAGAAACGACGCCCCAUUGCUGCUCCCACGCCACACGGUAGCCCCGAAGCAGCUUCAGAUGAACUUCAAGAUCUCCUCUAUCUCACGGAAUAUUUGGAAUCACCAGCAGCGCGGAGGCGCGAGGGAAAAGUCGAUCGAGAGCUAUCAGAAGCCACGGAGAAGAUUGAUCUCUCGGCAAAAUUGCCCAAGGAUGGCCUCCUGAAGAUGAAUGCGAAAUCUCAUGAGAUUCACAAGAAGAUCAAGAAGAAGAAGAAGAAGCAUCGUGAAGCAGAGGACGAUACGCAGCGGGAACUUCUCUUUGACUUCCAGGAAACCCUCAAGAAGCGCAUUGCUGAUAGUGAAAAACGCUGGGAGAAGACGCAAAAGAAGUCCAAGAGGAAGCGCGAAGCAGUCCCGGAAAUGAGUGGUGACUACCGAGAAGCGAGCAAUUCGACAGAUUGCUUCGGUGGUGGUGGGGAGACAAGUCGCAGCCACAAGCGCCUUCGGGUCACGGAUGAUCCCAUCGUCGAUCGGGGUGUCUUUGAGACGAGCACGGGAAUUGAGGUGGAGCUCGAUGAUUCCGCAUCGGAGCACCGAACAGAGUGUGCGGGGGCACCGCCGAAGAAGUCAAGCAAGAAGGAACGAAGGAAAAUGCGUCACAUUAUGGAUAAAUUCGCAAAGUCACUCACGACAAAGGAGCCAAGUGAUGAUGAGGGAAUUGAUCCUUGAUCAGCUGCUUUGGUGAAACAUCCGCCGGUACUUCCGCAAUUUCUUGAUUAGCAGAAUAUUCUAUUUAAUAAAAAAAAAAGAAAAAGGAAAAGAGAACCAAUUUUUUAUUGAUUCUACAUUUAAACAUCGUAAAACUUCACUGAAAAAUGAAUUUUAGUAGGUACUAUUUUCGUCAACUUAUUAAAGUCCUUAAAAGUCAUCCUAUUCUCCCAAAUUAUACAAUUUUUAUAUUUUUGUGUUGAGUUUUAUAUUAUUUUUUUUUUCAUUCAAUAAAAAUUUAGAGAAAAAAAACCUUUAAUGACUUACCUUUUAGUCCUAAAAGAAUCUUAGUGUGAUAGACCCUUAAAUGAAGAAACUAAAAAAAAAUUGUACAGAUUCUUACAGUUUACGGUUAAAGGGAAAUGUAAAGCAGAAUUAAAUGAAUUAUAUUAUUAAAAAAAAAAGAAAUAUUAUUAUUAUAAAUUGUAAGCAUAACUAGAGUGAAGAAUGCCGCGUAAACUGGCAGGGCAACGUGUUAGUUAAUGAUGAAAAAGGAUCGUAAAAAAAUUAGAAAAAAAACAAAUAGUGUAAAAUAAAAACGAAUAUUAUUGUUUUCCUUUGCAACUAUGCGUGCAUAAGCAAGAAGAAUUAAUAUACAAUAAAUUCAUAUUUGGAUAUAAUA